AAACACAGGAAAGAGCGAACGCGCCCUCCGAUACCCGGAAGUAAGUCGCGUUGUAGUUCGAUGCUCAGCUAACCGUUCAACAACACAACAAAAGUCCGAGUCUUCACGAUGGGAGGCAACACAAGUCAACUUAGCAAGGAGAACGUGUCAGAAUACCAAGAGCUGACUUUCCUAACGAAGCAAGAGAUCCUCCUCGCCUACAAGAGGUUCAGUGAACUGUACGAGGACAGGAGGAGCUCCCUGGACCCUCGUACCUCCAGAAUACCGCUGCAAAAGAUGACGGAACUACCAGAACUCCGGUCCAACCCUUUCAAGCACAGGAUCUGCCGCGUGUUCUCGACUUCUGAAGUGAAGGAUGGAAGCCUGUCGUUUGAGGACUUUCUGGAUCUGUUGAGUGCCUUCAGCGACUCUGCUACUCUGGAGAUCAAAUCCCACUAUGCAUUCUGUAUAUUUGACGAUGAUAAUGAUGGGACCCUCAAUCGUAAGGAUCUGGAGAAGCUGAUUAAUCACCUGACUUCAGAGUCUGAAGACACAAAGCUGACCAGAAACGAAAUGGAACAGCUCAUCAACAAUAUUCUUGAAGAAUCUGACAUUGACAAGGACGGAACUGUGAACCUCUCGGAGUUUCAGCACGUUAUUUCCAGAUCACCCGAUUUUGUCAGUUCAUUUAAGAUCGUGCUGUGAAAACCGGCAGUGGGAUGUGGAAUUACCCUUGCAUUCUCUUCUACUGGUGUUAAAUUUUAAAUGAGAGAAUUUUAUACAUUUCCUUUAAAGUAUAUUGAAUAGUGGAUAUCAAUCUUUUACUAUUUUACUGUAUGUAUUGUGCAUGAAAAAUUAAACUUUU